GUCUGGGGAGGGCGCUUCCUUCAGAGGCAGCCACAGCUGUGGGAGCUGACCUAUGUCGUGGCCUGGAUCUGGUCCUUCCAGCUGGGGCUGACCAUGAGCCUGGUGUGGGUCUGGCACCAGUUCCAAGGUACUUGGCUGUCCGGGGAGGCUGCCUGAGGAAGGGUCCUGAGUGCCCAGCCCAGGGCCAGCUCAGGUUGGGGGUGCGGCAGGGCAGGGUGGCAGGCAGCCCCAAACGGGGAUCUAGGGAAGGGGACAGACUUGGGGGCCUGCCCAGGGCAAGAGAACUGCCAGGUCCGGGGUCUCCAGGGCUUGACCUCAGCCAGAGGAUGCGCUGGAUAUACAGGCUCUCCUGGACCUCUCUCACGUUCCUGCCCAUCCUCCCCUUCACGACGGUGAUCGCCAUCAGUGCUGUGCUUCUGAUCAAGGGACAAGGUACUGGGGUGGGGCUGGGGCAUCCCUCUUGCCAGGCCCCCUUCGUGUGACCUCUGCCAGAGACGCAGUGCACACACUGUGGGAAGAGCCCACUAAGGCCCAAGUCACAGACCCAGUGCUUUCAGGAGUCCUUGCACAACUCGCUCUGUGCCUCAGUUUUUCCAUCUGUGAAAUGGGACCAGGAAGUGCUCGCCCGCGGGUCAGACACACAGCCCAAGCCCGUUGGUACUCCAGAGAAGGGGCGCUCACCCCAAGUCUCCAGAGCUCAGCAGGGAGGGCUCCAAGGCAGAAGGAACAGCAAGCCUGGGCAGGAAGUUGUGCCCUCUGGUGGCCUGGCCGGGUAGGGGCAGGAGCUCAGCCAAGAGAGCGGUAACCUAGGAACAAGCCGGAUGGGACACUGUACUGCGGCCUUCAGGGUCCAGCGCGAGGCUCUGGGAGAGUCCGCCGGGAAGGGGGUGGGGGCGGCCUUGGCAGAAGUUGAGCAGACUGCCAGCGCCUCUUCCUUCCAGUGUUUUUCCAGCUCAGGGUCCCGGUUAAGAGCUUCGUGACCCUGAGACGCGCCCAACCUUGCCAGAACAUUCGGGCCUGGGGUCGGGGCAGGGAUGAGUUAGAGGACCGGGCUGCGGGCCCCGACCCAUGGCGCCCAAGAAGAAGAGCGGGCCGGGCGCCGGGCGCCGGGGGGCCGCGGCGGGAGAGGGCGCCGAGCCGCCGCUGUCGGAGCGCGGUCAGUACCUGCAGCGCGAGCACAAGCUGCUCUCUGAGGAACUGGACGCCUGUAAGCAGCGCGACGACCAACUGAGGCAGGAGAACGACUUGCUUGACAGCGAGGCGGCGCGCCUGCGCGAGGAGAACCGGUUCUACGCGAGCUACGCGAGCACGCGCGCGCAGCGCUCCGCCAACGCCGUCGUUACGCUGGAAGAGCAGAACCGCGUGGACCUGUUGCAGAUCCACAGGCAGCGCGCAGAGCUGGAGUCGAUCUACCGCGCGCGUGAGGACGGGCUGCGCGCGCAGCUGCUGGAGAUGGAGGCGCGCGCGGCGCAGAUGGCGCAGCAGGUGCAGGAGCUGCAGCCCUACAAGGAGCUGCAGCUGGAGCAGCUGGCCCGGAUCCGGGCCCUGGAGCGCGAGCUACUGCAUAUGCGUGUGGAGCACACGCAGCUGCUCCACCGCGCGAGGCAGCAGUUCCUGGAGGACAAGGCAGCGUUUGAGCGCGAGGCGCGCCUGCGCGUGCAGUCGCUGGCGCGGCGCGCGGAGCGGGAGGCGGCGCGCGCGCUCUUGGCGCACACCCAGGCCAUCAGAGUGGACAACGGUCGCCUGCGGCAGGAGGUGCUGCAGCUGCGCCGCCGGGCCCAGGUGCUGCGGGACACGCGGCGCCAGUUGCUGGAGCAGCGCGAGCAGCUGCGGCGCGAGCUUGAGGACACGCGGGACCUGGCGCGCGUGCACGGCUGGCUGCGCCGGGGCCCCGAGGGCCCGCCGCUUUGGGAGCCGUCGCCGGCCGCUUCUGACCCCGAGUCUUUUCCCUCCAAGACCCCGUCGCGCGCGACCUUCCCGGUCCCAUUAGUCCCGGCCUCCCAGAACCCGUCUCAGGUCUUAAGCCGCGCGGAUUCUUGGACCCCGCCCCUGCCCUCGAAGGUCUCAGUUCCCAGGCUCCCGUCACUGGUCCCGUCGCGUGUUGGCUCCAGGGUCCUGUCUCUGGCCCCUUCGAGGGCCAAUUCACGAGUCCCAUCCCACGACCCGUCGCACGCGGGCUCCAGGGUCCAGUCCUUGUCCCUGUCGCGCCCAGGUUCCAGGGUCCCAUCCCUGACCCCAUCCGGCCCGGAGCCCGACUCUCAAUUCUCUUCGCGGUCCUCACUGCAUGCCGCCUCACAGAACACCAUCCUCUCUGGGAAGCUCGUCCCCAGGUCGAGCUCUUACCCUCUCCCAGUCGACGAAGACAGCGACCGUGAUGCUGCAGAUGAAGCCGCCUCCGGGAGAGCCUGAACCUACCUCGAGGAAGGCUAGUGAGGCCAGAAGGUGGCGGGGAAAGGGGCUGUCCAUGAGGCGGGUUUGGUGAGUGGAUUAUAAAUAAAGGCGUGACUCCCUCCUCCACUCUCCGCUCUGGCACUACCUGCUUCGCUGUCCAGCGUUUCCGGCCAGCGCAGGGGCCACUCAUGAUGGCUUCCAGUUUUCAACCUGCAACGCUGGUCGUUCUCUGCUUUGGGUGUCUGCCGGGACUCCACAGCUGGUUGCACUGGCAGGGGCAGAGAGAGACGACCACGCCACCGUCCUGCCCACAGGGCUGAUAGUCUGGUGGCAGACAUGGACAUCGGGGGCGUGGACAGGUAGUAUUCGAGCAGGGAGGGAGUCUGGCAGGCCGGGGAGGCGCUGGUGGAGAGUCUCAGGCCCUCGGGAGCCUUCGGAGGGGCUGGGCUUUGUUCUGGCGCCAAAC